AUGACAGUUCCCGCCACAUCGCAAAUAACUUUUUCCAAGGCUAUUUCAAGUAGCUCUUUAAGAUUUGAGUGGUCCGAUGUUAUCGGAGCCGACCGGUAUAUUUUGGUCGUGUUGGAGUACGGCAACAACCAAGAGGUUUACAACAACACCUAUACGACUCUGAGCGGACAGGUGGAGAACCUCACUCCUAAAACAAGCUACAAGUGCUUUGUCUACUCGUCCAAUCAGGCCGGGUUAGGUGCCGCCAGCAACGUCAGGACCAUUACAACAUUGGUCCAGCCCCCCACAACUGUAGCCAUCACCUCCACAGGGCUCAGCUCAGCCAGGGUCAGCUGGCAACCGGUCACCAAUGUGCUCCAGUACCAGGUCCAGGUGUUGAAAAGAGGAACCCCAGGCAGCACCCCCUACCUGAAGAGCACCACAGGAACCUUCAUGGACCUGAGCAGCCUGGAACCUUGCUCCACCUACACGGUGGGGGUGUCCUCCGUCAACGCCUUCGGAGACCCGGGAGAGCCCAGCAACGUCAACUACACCACCUCCACCAUGACCCCAGUGUCGUCCAUCUCGGUGUCGUACAACUGCUCCAGCGGCAUGGUAACCGUCUCCUGGGUGCCCGUGUUCGGGCCGUGUCCUACCGGGCCAGCGUUACCGGGAGCAACGACACGUCGCUGUCCUGCACGUCCUCCUCCUCGUUCCUGUCAGAUCACCUCGCUGCAGUGCGGCCAGACGUACCGCGCUGACGUCACCGCCAUCUCCGCCGACUGCUCCGCCACCUCCAACACCUCCACCUCCUUUCAGACAGUCCCCUGCCCCCCCGUCCUGCAGGAGGUCUUCACGGAGUGUCGCAGCAACAGUCUCCUGUUCUCCUGGGCCGCCACCAACAACACUAACUACUACGUGGGCAAGUCGCUGUCCAGCAGCGGCGAGAGUGUGGAGUGCCGCACCGUGGACACGGCCUGCUUCUUCGCCAACAGCGGCUGCGGCAACUCCUAUGAGUUCUCGGUCUAUGCCGUCAGCGCUGAGUGUAACAGCGAAUCAAGCUCGCCCCAACACGUCAAUACCUCCCCCUGCUCCCCCCAGAACGUGGUGACGUCGUCCGACUGCCAGUCGGACGUCUGAUAACCAGCUGGGACCCCGCCCCCGGCGCCCUAUCCUAC